GUGGACUCCGGAGAGUCGGGUUCAACUCGGCGCCGCCUCUGAUGGCCCUAUAAACCAACAACAACAUGGUGUUGUCAGUGAGUUGAUUCAGUGCCCCUUGGCCUGGUUGCUAAAGCUUUCGCUUCACACUGCAAGGGUCUGCAUUCGAUUCCCAGUGAGGGGUAGAAACAUUCAGUGUGUUUCUUUACACUGGUUGUCUAUGUUCACCCAUCAGUAAAAUGGGUACCUGGGUGUUAGUCGACUGGUGUGGGUCGCAUCCUGGGACAAUGACCUAGUUUGCCCAAAAUGCUCUGCAUAACAGUCACGUACUAGAAGUGGUGUAAGGUGUCAGUGGCCCUUAUAUAAACCCAACAACAAGGAGGAGCCUUUUAAGUAGAAGCCUUUUAACUCAUCCUUUUAUAAAUCUUUGAUAUACCUUGAAGAGUUUCAAGAGUUUUCUGACUCCUGCAUCCUGACCCUGGACCAGGCUUGUCUGGUGCUUGCCUGAUCAACCUGGCUGUUGCUGCUGGCAGCUUUCUGGUCCACAUAUCCACCACAGGCUGUUUGAUCCGGCACUUGGCAAAGAACCGUACUUAAUAUGCUAAGAGUAGGAUCCAUCCUGCAUGUGUUCGAUGGUAAUAUUACAUAUAUUCAGUGGUAAUAAUACAAGUAUUUAGUGGUAAACUACAUAUAUUCAAUGGUAAUUAAGUGUAACAAUGCACAUAAGUGUCAGAAAUACAGUAUUAUUUCCUGUAUUUUGGUCUUUCAGGGUUGCUUACAUAAAUUUCCUUAAAAAGGGUUGUGAAUUGGUGCAAUGUUUUUUUUUUUUUAAUUCUAGUGGGUCAGGUUCAUUUAAUAAAAUGCUUGACUCUCAUAUAUAACAUGUGGGAGUAUUUAUAGGAAAAAUACAUUUUAUUAUGCUAGUGCUUUCUCAUAAAAGAAAGUUCUUCAGUGUACCUACGAACAUUAGCCAGGAAAAAAAUUUAAUUUCACAGCCCAUUACAUAUAUAUAGUGUGUUUGAUAUGCUCUAAAUGCUUUGUAAAAAUAUUGUGAGCAGAUGUUUGAGUGUGUAUAGAUAGGAAAGAGUAUUGGUAUUAAUUAUUAUUUUUUUUUUUUUAAAUUAUUCGCAUUUGUAUUUUGUAUGGAGGAGAAAGCGUGUUUGAGGUUAGUAUUCAGAAUUCAAAUUCAAAAUGUUUUUUCUUUGUGUAGUAUACAAACUGUAGUUUACAUGUAAUAAAGUAUUGUUAAGCACAAAGAAAGCCACUAGCAUGUAUGAGCAGUUGGGAGAAGAGUCACCUUCACUAAUGGAUACGAGAGUUGACAGAGAAGAGGAACGACAUCAGUGUUCAUUAUGUCUGCAGCGUUUUUUAAAUCGCUCAGCUCUAGUAAAGCAUUUAAAAACUCAUGUGGAGAAGAAGCAUCAAUGCUCCAAGUGUGUCAAGGCAUUUCCACGGAUACACGAUUUGAAAAAGCACCUCAAAAUUCACACUGGUGAGAAGCCACAUCAUUGUUCAGUGUGCUUAAAAGACUUUUCGGUUAAAUCUCAUUUAGUAACUCACAUGAAAAUUCACAUAGAAGAGAAAGCCUACCAGUGUUCAGAAUGUUUGAAAGAGUUUACACUGAAAUCACAUUUAAUAAGACAUAAGAAAACUCAUACAGGUGAGAAGCCAUAUCAGUGUUCAGUGUGUUCAAAAGUCUUCACAGAAAAAUAUCAUUUAACUAUUCACAUGAUAAAUCAUACGGGAGAGAAACCAUAUCAAUGUUCGGUGUGUCUCAAAGACUUUCCAGUCAGCUUUUCUCUGAUAAGACACAUGAGAAUUCAUACAGGAGAGAAACCAUAUAAAUGUUCUGAAUGUCUAAUAGGAUUUACACUUAAAGCUCAUUUAGUUAGACAUAUGAGAAUUCAUUCAGGUGAAAAACCGUAUCACUGUUCAGUCUGUCUGAAAGAUUUUGCACUGAAACCAACCUUAAUAACCCACAUGAGAACUCAUACAGGAGAGAAACCAUAUCAGUGUUCAGUGUGUCUCAAAAAGUUUUCAGUUAAAUUUUACUUAAAAAGCCACAUGAGUUUUCAUACAGGAGAGAGACCAUACAAGUGUCCAGUGUGUCUCAAAGGCUUUUCUUGUAAUUCAUCUUUAAAAAAACACUUGAGAAUUCACACAAGAGAGAAACCAUAGCAGUGUUCAAUCUGCCUGAAAACUUUUUCCGAUAGAGCAUCACUAAGAAAACAUUUGAUAAUUCAUGGAGGGGAAGAAUCGCAUCAAUGCUCAGUGUGUGCAAAAGACUUUUCACAAAAAUCCACAUCUGUUACACAUACACAAGUUGAUUCAGAACAAUCAUAUCAGUGUUCAGAUUGCCUAGAAAAGUACUCAAAUAAAGCUCUAUUAAAGACUAUAAGAAUUCUUAAUUAAAGUAGAAGAGUCAUAUUAAAUAAAAAGUAUUUAUAAAUACAGCCUCUUCUCACUGAACAACAGAGUUCUGUUCCUGAGACUAGGUCGGUAAACAAAUUCAUCGCUAAGUGAGGAUCAUACUAUAAUGGUAGUGGGUUUGUGUCAGCCAUCUUUGAUAUUAUUUUAAUGUUACCUUUGCACCAUUUAUAACAUUUCUGGUAUAUUUUAAUUGGGGUGGCCUGGUGGUCUGGUGGCUAAAGCUCCCGCUUCACACACGGAGGGCCCGGGUUCGAUUCCCGGCGGGUGGAAAUUCCGACAUGUUUCCUUACACCUAUUGUCCUGUUCACCUAGCAGCAAAUAGGUACCUGGGUGUUAGUCGACUGUGUGGGUCGCAUCCUGGGGGACAAGAUUAAGGACCCCAAUGGAAAUAAGUUAGACAGUCCUCGAUAACGCACUGACUUUCUUGGGUUAUCCUGGGUGGCUAACCCUCCGGGGUUAAAAAUCCGAACAAAAUCUUAUCUUAUCUUAUCUUGUACAGUAGUGUACUGUAUAUUGCAAUAAACAGAACAGAGGAAAUCAGCUUUAAAAUACAUUAUUUAGGUAUGCAUACUGGUCAGAGAGUCUGUCGUAAGUCCAAGUUGUCGGUAAACGAGUACGUCGGUAAGUGAGGGGAGGCUGUAUGUAAUUUACCAAGAUGCACAAGAAUUCAUGAAAAUUUUUCAGUAAAUAUCAGGUCAAGGAAAUUUGAAAAUAGUCCAUUUUAGCACACUGUAAGUAGUUGCUAAAAUGAUCUAGCCAAGACAGGACUCACAGCAAUGGUUUUAAGUUGGAAAAAUUCAGAUUCAGGAAGGCACUGGUUUGGUAAUAGAGUUGUGGAACAAACUCCUGAGUACCAU